AUGCAAAAAUCUAUUCAUGAGCUUGAGCGUCAAAUGGGGCAGAUGGCUAUUAUGCAGAAUGUCAAACCACAGGGUGCUCCUCCUAGUGAUAAUGAGAAAAAUCCAAAGGAAUGCAAGGUAGUCACCUUGAGGAAUGGCAGAGAACUUGAAAAAGUGCCUUCGAAAAAGAAGAACAUAGUAGAAGAAGAACUUAUCCCUGCUAAGUGUGCUGAGCCAAAGCAGACAGUCGAAGAGCAUCUCGUAGAGGAAGUGAUUCAACCACCCCCUCCCUUUCCACAACAGAAUUUGAGACCAUUUGCACUUACUGAAGAGUGUAGUUCUAGAGUGAAGAGUAAAAUUCCUCCAAGGUUGAAAGAUCCGGGUAGCUUCACGACUUCGAUUACUAUUGGCAACAUUGAAGUUGGGCUAGCAUUGUCUGACUUGGGUGCUAGUAUUAAUCUGAUUCCCACUUCUGUGUUCCGAACAUUGGGCUUGGGUGAGCCUAGGCCAACGACUAUUACCUUACAACUAGUUGAUCGAUCUCUUGCUUAUCCUGAUGGUAUUAUUGAGGAUGUUCUUGUGAAGAUAGGCCCAUUUAUUCUGCCACUUGAUUUUGUGAUACUUGAUUAUGAGGCAGAUAAGAGCGUUCCUCUCAUCAUGGGGAGAGGAUUCUUGGUUACUGUUGACGCUGUGAUCUGA